AUGCGUCAUAAGUUGUUAAGCGGAAAUAAUGAACAUAUACCAAUCUUGCCAAAAAGCAUGGAUACUAAAGCGUGUGUCGAUAAAUGCAAGGUAAAAGAAGAUAAUAGUGCAAGAUAUAAAUGUGAAUAUGAUGGGUGUGAGAGAACAUAUAGUACAGUUGGUAAUCUACGAACCCACUUGAAAACACACACAGGCGAGUACAGGUUCACAUGUCCGAUGCCAUCAUGUAAUAAGGCGUUUCUCACAUCCUAUAGUCUCAAGAUUCAUGUGCGAGCCCAUACAAAGGCAAAACCAUUUGCAUGUAAUAUGGGAAAUUGUAAUAAGGCAUUCAACACUCUAUACAGAUUGAGAGCUCAUCAAAGAUUACACAGCGGUGAUACAUUUAAUUGCAAGGCUGAGGGUUGUACAAAGUUCUUUACGACGUUAAGCGAUUUGAAGAAACACAUACGAACACACACACAGGAGCGGCCGUACAAAUGUGGAACAGACGGUUGCGGUAAAUCAUUCACCGCGUCUCACCAUUUGAAGGCACAUGCGCGUACGCACACGGGCUCGAGGCCGCACGCGUGCGCCGCGCCAUCUUGCGGAAAACACUUCGCCACGCCCACAAGUCUAAGAGCCCAUGCUGCUAAACAUCAGACAGAAAGUGAGCCGCACCCAGUUAAAGUACCAGAACCCCUUCCCAGUAAACCGCCAGAUGGGAUGAAUUGGGAUAGCCUCCUCGAAUCCUUCGGAAAAAUCACCACAGAGUCCAACUCUACUGACGGCAGCCUAGACGAUAUUAACCCUCUCUCUAACAACGUCGACAUAACCGAACUACUUUUUGACAACACUAACGAUAACGCUAACUACGACAUCACUAAUCUUGACCUAAUCCCCUUCGAUGAUAAGACCAAGAAAAUCGACUGGAAUAAAAAUAUGGACAUCAAACCCAAAGCGAUGCAAUUAGCCCUAGCCAACGAAGUGGAACUGCAGGCGCCGUGGAUUGACGUCACAGCUUUAGCGGCUUCCAUACAAGAAACCCCAGUCAGCAUCAAAGAGAAAACACCAGAAAAUAUAUUCACCCUUGCCACUUUUGUCCCCACACACAUGCAAAGUUACAUAGACCUUAAUUCAGAAGUACCUACAGCGAAUGUCGAAACUUUCGACCUAGAUACGCCUAACAUACUAGAUGUCAGCGAUAAAGUGUUUAAUGACAGUGAAUUGGUAACGAAUUUCGAUCGUCCAACCGAAAUAGAUUUUCUUAAACCCGGUCCUUCGAUUGACAGAUCUCUAAAUACGCCACCCCCAAAAGUUCAGCACAAUAUUGAAAUUAAUCCUUCCAACUCCGUACUGUUUAAUACGGAUCUCGCUUUAGAGGACACACUUCUAUUUGACAAUGAACCCCCAUCCGAUAUGUAUGUGGUUAGGACAGAGAACAUAUUCGGCAAACAGAAGAGGAAUGCUCUAGAACAAUUAGCGGCCGAUGCAGGCAUUUGUUCCUGCGUUGAUUGUAAGUGCGAUCCCAAUGGUAAUUGCUCUAACGACGUAAAAUCAAUUAUCAAAGAUUGUUGUGAAGAUAAAUGCUCAUGCGUGAACUGCAAAUGCAAUCACGCCGAAAUGAAAUGCGCAGUUGGAUGCGGUAAAGCCACAGAUACAAACCACAACACGUUCUUAGAUUAUCAUAAACGACAUAAUAAUUCAAAUUUAGAAGAGUAUGGAGUAUAUACGCACGAGUGCUACGAUGACACACCGGCCAGUGUCGCCGAGAGCUUAAAGAAGUUGACAUGUUCUUGUGAUACAGAUAAUAACACCUGCUGUCAAACCAAUGACAAAAGAGAUAAAAAAUCUUGUUGCGUUACUAUUUGUAUUAAAAAUGUGGAGACCUUUAAACGUUUUCUUAAUAAUGAUUUGUUAACGGCUUUGAAGACACCAAGUUUUAAUAUGACAACAAGUUAG